CGCUUUGGGCUGAAAGAUGGCGGCAUUGGCGCUCGACCAGGGGGAAGGACUUACUCAGAGGGGGCUGCAGGCGAGCACACUUGUGCCCCGCCGGAGCGACCCGGCUCGGGCCGUGAGCGGCCGCUCGUAGACGUCCGAGAAGCCUGCCGAGUGCCUUCCCGGCGCCCGACCGCCCACCCAUCGGCCUGCCGGCCCCGUUCUUCCUAAUGCGGACUGCCGUCCACUAGAGGUUGGACAGGACCCCCCGAGGUGAUUCAUGGCAGGGGACGUGGAAGGAUUCUGUUCCUCCAUCCAUGAUACCAGUGUCUCUGCUGGGUUCAGAGCACUGUAUGAGGAGGGAUUGCUUCUUGAUGUCACUCUGGUUAUUGAAGAUCAUCAGUUCCAGGCCCAUAAAGCACUCUUGGCCACCCAGAGUGACUACUUCAGAAUUAUGUUUACUGCAGACAUGAGGGAACGAGAUCAAGACAAAAUUCAUUUGAAAGGUCUAACUGCUACCGGUUUCAGCCACGUCCUGCAAUUUAUGUACUACGGAACUAUAGAACUGAGUAUGAAUACUGUUCAUGAAAUUCUUCAGGCUGCCAUGUAUGUUCAACUUAUAGAAGUGGUGAAGUUCUGCUGCUCUUUUCUCUUAGCAAAGAUCUGCCUAGAAAAUUGUGCAGAAAUUAUGAGACUCUUAGAUGAUUUUGGUGUAAACAUUGAGGGAGUCAGGGAGAAGUUGGACGCUUUUCUACUAGACAACUUUGUUCCACUCAUGUCUAGGCCUGACUUUCUGUCCUAUCUGAGUUUUGAGAAGCUCAUGUCUUAUUUGGAUAAUGAUCAUCUAAGCAGGUUCCCAGAGAUAGAGCUGUAUGAGGCUGUGCAGUCUUGGCUGCGGCAUGAUAGAAGACGCUGGAGACACACUGAUACCAUCAUUCAGAAUAUCCGAUUUUGCUUGAUGACCCCAUCCAGCGUUUUUGAGAAGGUUAAGACAUCAGAAUUUUAUAGAUACUCCCGACAGCUCCGUUAUGAAGUUGACCAAGCAUUGAAUUACUUUCAGAAUGUUCACCAGCAGCCUUUGUUGGAUAUGAAGUCAAGCCGCAUCCGUUCUGCAAAACCGCAAACUACAGUAUUUCGAGGAAUGAUUGGACAUAGCAUGGUUAACAGUAAAAUACUUCUCUUAAAGAAACCAAGAGUCUGGUGGGAGCUAGAAGGCCCCCAAGUACCUCUGCGACCUGACUGCCUUGCUAUCGUUAAUAAUUUUGUGUUCCUGUUAGGUGGGGAAGAGCUGGGCCCGGAUGGUGAAUUCCAUGCUUCUUCCAAAGUAUUCAGGUAUGAUCCGAGACAGAACUCCUGGCUGCAGAUGGCAGAUAUGUCCGUACCACGCUCUGAAUUUGCUGUUGGUGUUAUUGGGAAAUUUAUUUACGCCGUAGCAGGCAGAACCAGAGAUGAGACUUUCUAUUCAACUGAGAGAUACGACAUCACCAAUGAUAAAUGGGAAUUUGUGGAUCCUUAUCCAGUUAACAAAUAUGGACAUGAGGGGACAGUGCUCAAUAACAAGUUGUUUAUCACCGGUGGAAUCACCUCAUCUUCCACCUCCAAGCAAGUGUGCGUGUUUGACCCCAGCAAAGAAGGGACCAUAGAACAACGGACCAGGAGAACUCAAGUAGUUACCAACUGUUGGGAGAAUAAGAGCAAGAUGAAUUACGCAAGAUGCUUUCACAAAAUGAUUUCUUACAAUGGCAAGCUUUAUGUCUUUGGUGGCGUCUGUGUGAUCUUAAGGGCCUCUUUCGAAUCUCAGGGAUGCCCUUCUACUGAAGUCUACAAUCCAGAGACUGAUCAGUGGACCAUCUUGGCAUCCAUGCCGAUUGGUAGAAGUGGCCAUGGUGUGACCGUGCUGGACAAACAAAUAAUGGUUCUUGGAGGCCUUUGUUAUAAUGGUCAUUACAGCGAUUCCAUUCUCACUUUUGAUCCUGAUGAAAACAAGUGGAAGGAAGAUGAGUACCCUCGGAUGCCCUGCAAGCUGGAUGGUUUACAAGUAUGCAACCUGCAUUUUCCGGACUAUGUACUGGAUGAGGUCAGGCGUUGCAACUAACGACAUCCUUCUCCGAAAAAGAAAGAGGCAAACAAAGUAUUUGUUUGUAAUAAAGUAGUUAGUUAAAA